AGGGCGAACGUGAAGAACGCAGCAGCCAAUAACGAGUUAGGAGGCGUGGCCGAGCCCUGGAACGUACAUGCAGAGAUGGGGGUCAAGCUGGAGGUGUUUAGGAUGAUGCUCUACCUCUCAUUCCCGGUGACCAUGUUUUGGAUCUCGAAUCAACCGGAAUAUUUUGAAGAGUACAUUGUGAAGCGGAAGAGGGAGAUUUAUCCUCCAGAAAAGGAAGACGUGAAGAAGCAGUUGCAAGACGCGAGAGAGGCAGCAAGACGGAAAAGAGAAGAGCUGUACAUGCAGGAUUAGAGAGCGUCCAGCAGAGGGCGCCGCUCCCUCAUACCUGUCCUCAUAUUGCACUCUGCCCCAGCGUGCUGUGUACACUAUGUAACAUUGUACGUGGCUCCAUGUAUAGUUCUCUUCAGUAAAGAUUUUCUUUUGUAAAUAU